CGACAUGCUGUCAGGUGUGCGGCUGUGUGUCCGCUACUCGGUCCGUGGCAUGAGUUGGUCACCGCGUCAGAUUAACCGAUGGCCGCGCGACCAGUCUUCCGAGCCUCCCACGGACAGUCCUCGCGUUCUCAUCACAGUGCCUCAUCAUAAGAGACAAUGGUUGGGAAUAAACAGCGCUGAAAGCACCCCGCGUGUGCACAAUGGAGCGCGCCACUGUUUUGUGUUUGUGUAAUAACGUGUAAAGAGAGAGUAAAUGGAUUUUCAUUGGAUGUGGAGCUGGAAAACAAUAAUAAUAACAACAAUCACGUGGCCUGGGACAGCUCGGAGUUGGAUUGGCUCAAAUGCUGAGGCAGCAGUAUGGAAAAGAAAACGUCAUCCUGUCGGAUAUUAGAAGGCCUCCUAAUGAGGUUUACAACAUGGGUCCGUUUGUGUACGCUGACGUGCUGGAUUAUAAAAACCUGAGGGAGCUAGUUGUGAAUAACCGAAUCACCUGGCUGGUCCAUUAUAGUGCUUUACUUAGUGCUGUUGGGGAGGCGAAUGUGGCGCUCGCUCGCACCAUCAAUAUUACAGGUCUGCAUAACGUGUUAGAUCUGGCCCUUGAGAACUGCUUGCGACUGUUUGUGCCCAGUACAAUUGGAGCAUUUGGCCCUUCGUCACCCCGCAAUCCAGCUCCUGAUCUAUGUAUCCAGAGGCCUCGGACCAUUUAUGGAGUUUCCAAAGUCCAUGCUGAGCUGAUGGGGGAAUAUCUCCACCAUAAAUACGGUCUGGAUUUCCGAUGCUUGCGAUACCCCGGGGUCGUUUCUGCCAACACCAACCCAGGGGGAGGCACUACUGACUAUGCUGUCCAGAUCUUUCAUGAUGCCCUCAGCACAGGCCGGCAUGAAUGUUACUUACGCUCCAACACUCGGCUUCCCAUGAUGCACAUCUCUGAUUGCCACAGGGCUACUGUAGAGUUCAUGCAGGCCCCUGAGAGCCGACUAUCCCUUCGUACUUACAACAUCGCAGCCAUGAGUUUCACACCUGAGGAAGUGGCAGAGGAAAUCCGCAAGCACCUGCCCCACCUGAAGGUCACGUACAAUCCUGAUAUCAUCCGACAGACUAUUGCGGACAGCUGGCCAGAGCGAUUUGAUGACUCUAAUGCACGUCAGGAUUGGGGCUGGAAGCCUGCGUACGGACUGGCAGAGAUGGUCACAGACAUGUUAGCCUCCAUCCAUAAAAAGAGAAGCAAUGCAGGACUACCUGUCAGCUAGCAGGUUCUCUCAGAGACACAGUUCAUCUGCAUUUUGGGACCCUUUUCAAACAUUUAGUGAAAUAGGGAGCUAAGUUUCCUCAGGCCAGGGGCCUCAUUUAUAAAGCGUGCAAGCAUGCAAAGGUUGUGAUCUAUAAAAAAACGAACUUAGUGGGAGAAUGGGCUUGCAUUGCGGGAUACGAGGAUAAUUCAUGUACGCACACUUGCAGGUGAUCUAUGAUUUAUAAAGGGAACAUUGCUUAAUACUUUUUGGCGCAUGCCAUUUUUGGCUUUUGUGCAUAUGUAGACUUUUAGUAAGGAUCCUACGCACAGUUUUAUAAAUGAGGCCCCUUCAUAAGAUGUCUUUAAGAGUCCUCAUUAAACAAAAAAGUGAAAACUCUUACAAAUGUACAAAACAAAACACUGUCAGAUUCUCAUAAAGCUCAGGGGUCUCUCUCUUUCUCUCUCAACUAUUUUUAUACAGUUGUACAUAAAAACAGCAAUAAAAUAUUUCUUUUAGUUUAAACAUUAUACUGCAAGUGUAAGUUGUCCAAAAUGUAUACAAUAAAAAAAGAAUAAAACACUACAUUUAAAUAGCUAGGUCAGCACUUGAAUAAACAUCUAGCACCUUAAAUAGUGUGAUGCUGUUACUUUACUUUCUUAUUUCUAAUCAAUGAACUUUUUUGCAAAGAUGAAAUCUGCUCUGAAUUUUUCAUGGUCUAUUUGUAAAAAUAUUGCUCUAGAUCAAAUAGUAUCAAAUGCAUAAGGAAGUGAAGCUUUAUUAUGAUUAAAAUAUGAUAGUGCCAUAGAUGCUGGUGGUGUUAAGCCAUUUUUAUUACAUUCUGUUAAACUCACAGUUUCUGUAUAGCCUUGAGGCAUUGUGAUAAUAGGUAUCUGGAUUCACAAUGCAAACUGAGCAUCAUUUAGCAUUGCCGAUGUCUUAUGAUAAACUA